AUUUUGCUUCCCGGUAGCCGUAGGGUUUGAGUUUGUCAGUCAGUUGUAACGCAACAGAUUUAACCAUUAAUUGAUUUAAAUGGCCGGGACGGCCUCAGUAGCUGGUGAAGUGUUUGUGGAUGCUUUACCGUAUUUUGACCAAGGGUACGAUGCUGCAGGCGUCAGAGAAGCAGCUGCGGCGUUGGUUGAGGAAGAGACCAGGAGGUACAGACCCACAAAGAACUACCUGAGCUACCUUCCUACACCUGACUUCUCUGCUUUUGAGACAGAAAUUAUGAGGAAUGAAUUUGACAGGUUAGGAGCUCGUCAGCCGCUUGAACUUCUGAGCAUGAAAAGGUAUGAGUUGCCAGCGCCUUCAUCAGGACAGAAGAACGACAUUACAGCGUGGCAGGAGUGUGUGAACAACUCGAUGGCUCAGCUGGAGCACCAGGCGGUCCGAAUUGAGAACCUGGAGCUCAUGUCGCAGUAUGGAACCAAUGCAUGGAAAGUCUAUAACGAUAAUUUGGCUUUUAUGAUUGAGAUGGCUCAGAAGGAACUUCACAAAUUCAGAAAGCAAAUCCAGGACUUGAACUGGCAACGUAAGAACGAUCAGUUGGCAGCAGGAGCCAAACUGCGAGAGCUGGAGUCCAACUGGGUGUCACUUGUGAGUAAAAACUACGAGAUCGAACGGGCCAUCGUCCAACUGGAAAACGAAGUCACUCAGCUCCGACAACAGCAGGGCGACGAAAACAAGGAGAACAUUCGGCAGGACUUCUAACACAUCAGGAGGUUUUCACCCUCAGCGCUGAAGUCAAACAAUCCCUAAGUGAGACGGAUUACCAUUUGUUUGGACUAAAAACCAGUCUGAGCAGGACAACUUUUAUUUUACAGAAAAUAUAGCACUGGCUUAUCUAGUUACCAUGACGUUCAUAAUGAGCGGUCCACAAAACGUUAAUUAAACCACGUUUUUAAAACUACACCCACAGUAAUGACAUAACUCACCCAUAAUACAAGUUUUUUCUUUCCCUGCAGUCUCAAUGAUGGGUUAUGUUUGGUAAGUUUAACUUAUUAUACCAGUCUACAGGUGGCUAUUGAUAAAACUGAGUCAGUAUUCUGGCUUCUAUGUUACCAAUACACUGGCAACAGUAGUGAACAUUUCAUAGAAACCUCAUGAGUUUUGCUGUUUAAUGUUUCAGCCUGCAGGUUUUCAUAGUUGCCUUUCAGUAAAGUG